CCUUUGGCCGCGCGCGCGAGAGUGCACACACGACGAGAGCACAUUUCUGUACGUGCAGUACGCGCACGGCUUUCUUUACGGAGAAAGAAAACAUCAUGAGUUCAGGCAGACCGAUCAAGUGCGUCGUUGUAGGAGAUGGUACAGUGGGAAAAACUUGUAUGCUGAUUUCCUACACAACAGAUAGUUUUCCUGGCGAAUACGUGCCGACAGUCUUUGACAAUUAUUCUGCACCAAUGGUAGUUGAUAGUAUCCCAGUGAGCUUAGGAUUGUGGGAUACUGCUGGCCAAGAAGACUACGAUAGAUUGAGACCGCUGUCUUAUCCACAAACAGAUGUGUUUCUUAUAUGUUUCUCAGUGACAAGUCCAUCGUCAUUUGAAAAUGUCACAAGCAAGUGGUACCCAGAAAUAAAACACCAUUGUCCAGAUGCACCAAUGAUACUUGUUGGCACGAAAAUUGACUUGAGAGACGAUCGUGAAACAUUGACUGCAUUAGCUGAACAGGGACUCAGUGCUAUUAAACGCGAACAAGGCCAAAAAUUAGCUAACAAGAUUCGAGCUGUAAAGUACAUGGAAUGUUCUGCCUUGACGCAACGUGGCUUGAAACAAGUGUUUGAUGAAGCAGUUCGUGCUGUUUUGCGACCUGAACCCCAGAAACGCCGACAACGAAGGUGCAGCUUGUUAUAAACUUUUUUAAGAAAAUGUUGAACAGGCAAGAUCAAAGUUAUAUUUAAAAAAAGAGACUGUAUAUAUACGUCUGAUACCGCGUACGCGAGACGGUUCGUGAAAGAGUUCCUAGCCACCAAUCUCCCACAUUCAUGUGACCGGGAAUUCUUGUAUCAAUACUUACAUAGGGAUUAUUUAUUAACAAUGGAAGUGAUCGAGCAAAGCUCGCAAGGGAGUCAUUUCUGAUGGUAUUGUAUCUUUCGCGUACGCUACGA